UGCCUGGAGCAAACCAUUCCGCCUCCCGUUCGAGGGGGUGGUCGCAUUGUGAAGGACUACAGGAAACGCAGAGGGGUGUGUGUGUUUCCCUGCCAGAACCAGUGAUGGCUGACCCACUGCCUCCCCACCAGACUGAAACUCUGCUAAAGAAGUUCCCGCAAGGAAGCCUCCCUAAUGGGAAGGAGGCCACCAAAGACGGCCUGCAUGCCAGAGGCCAGUGGGCCAGCAAGGCCGAGUUCCUCCUGGCCGUGGCUGGCCAGAUCAUCGGCCUCGGCAACGUCUGGAGGUUUCCUUACCUCUGCUACAAAAACGGAGGAGGUGUGUUCUUCGUACCCUACCUGUUGUUCCUGGUGCUGUGCGGCAUCCCCCUGUUCCUCCUGGAGACCUCGCUGGGACAGUACACCAGCCUGGGAGGGGUCAGCGCCUGGAGGAGCGUCUGCCCGUUAUUCGGAGGACUCGGCUACGCCAGCCAGGUGAUGAUCCUGCACGGUUGCGUGUACUACAUCGUCAUCCUGGCCUGGGCUCUCUUCUACCUGUCCUACAGCUUCCAGGCGGAGCUGCCGUGGUCGCACUGUAACAACACGUGGAACACCGAGGCGUGUGUCCUGUUCAACCGACACAACCAGACCGGUAACGUGACCGGCCUGCCCGACAACGCCACCUCUCCCGUCAUGGAGUUUUGGGAACGGGAAGUUCUCCGCCUGUCCAACAGUUUGGACGAGCUGGGUCCGAUCAACUGGAAGCUGGCUCUGUGUCUGGCCGUCGUCUGGCUCGUCUGCUACUUCUGUGUCUGGAAGGGAGUCAAGUCCACCGGAAAGGUGGUGUACCUGACAGCCACAUUCCCAUAUGUCAUGCUGUUUGUGCUGCUGGUGCGCGGUGCCACUCUGCCUGGAGCGAUGCAGGGCAUCGUCUACUACCUCAAACCCAACCACACCCGCCUGGCCGACCCACAGGUAUGGAUGGAUGCAGGGACCCAGAUAUUUUUCUCUUAUGGAAUCUGCUUGGGAAGUCUCACAGCCCUGGGCAGUUACAACAAAUACAACAAUGACUGCUACAAGGACUCCUUCCUGCUGUGCCUUCUGAACAGCGCCACCAGUUUCCUGGCAGGAUUCGCCAUCUUCUCGGUGCUGGGCUUCAUGGCUGAGGAGCAGGGCGUGGACAUAGGCGCCGUGGCCCAAUCAGGGCCCGGCCUGGCCUUCAUCGCCUACCCGAGAGCCGUAGCCAUGAUGCCUGUUCCCCAACUCUGGGCCGUCUGCUUCUUCCUCAUGAUCAUCAUGCUGGGCCUGGACACACAGUUUGUGAGCCUGGAGGCCCUGAUGACGUCGGUGGCCGACCUGUACCCUCACGUGAUCAGACGAGGCCACCGCAGGGAGCUGCUGCUGCUGGCGGUCUGCAUCGUGUGCUUCCUGGUUGGGCUGGUCAUGGUCACGCCGGGUGGCCUCUAUGUGUUCCAGAUCUAUGACCACUUCUCCUGCAGUGGAGCCAGUCUGCUGCUUCUCUCCAUCUUCCAGUCUCUGGCCAUCGGCUGGGUCUACGGAGCCGACCGCUUCUGCGCCAACAUCAGGGACAUGACUGGCUACAACCCCACGCCUGCCUUCAAGCUGUGCUGGAAAUACUUGACCCCGGCCGUGUGCACUGCCACCUUUGUUUUUUCCCUGGUGCGUUGGUCUCCGCUAAACCUGGGGAAAGGACUGGUCGCUCCAGCUUGGGCCACCGUCCUGGGUUGGCUACUUACCCUCUCAUCCGUCUCCCUGCUUCCCAUCUGGGCCAUCUACGCCCUGAUCACCACCCCAGGAACCCUGCCACAGCGCUUCCAUCGUCUGUGCAGCCCCACCAAACCCUCAUCCCUGGCCUUCCACCCCUUCUCCCCCAACGGCUCGGCGCUCACCUACAGCCCCACACUGCCGCUCACCGAGAAACCAAAGGAGCCGAUCACAGAUCUCAUGCAGGACCAGAAGACCUGAAAACAAUGAACAACAAUCGAACAUUGCUGAUGCUGCUCAGCCAAUCGGGUGCGCCGAACGGGAGAGUUAACGCAGCUGGAUCCCAAUGGAGGGACCGGAUGCUCGAGAGACUUCAUAAACAGACUAAAUGUGUUCGGACUUGGCUGACGGGGCCUGUUUUACAUCAGAGGAUUGUCAAAUGUGUUUGAAUCUGGAGGGCACCACCACUGUAAGCUCAGCAUCCUGGAACCCACUGCACGCAGGUGUACAUUUAAAGCUCGGGUAGGCAGUAUUGUUUAUUUUUUUUAGCAUCAUUGGAUAGAACUCUAUAUAAGCUUUAAGCAUAUCGUAAUUCAUUUGGUUUGAGAGGAAGCUAGACUUCUGCGCCGCCUCUUGGUUGAAAAAUCAAGCCAAUGAUGGGAGAUUUUAGCCAAUCACAGGGCUUUUCACCCACAGUAGGUGAGACAGUACAGAGUUGGCAGCAAGAGGAGGAGGUGGUGGCGCAUUGGGUUAGAUGGAGAAUUCUUGGGUGAAGCUACAAAUGAAGGUUGUAUAUUUUUAAAUUCUGGCUAUUUGGGAGUUUUGUUAUUUUGUUUUUUUUAUCCAAGAUUUUUGCCUACCCCAGUUUUAAUGGGACAUUCAGGUGAUCAACCAUGUGACCAGAUUUCUACAUUCAGAUUGUUGUUUUGAAGAUAAUGUGCAGAAAACGUACGUUUACGAUCGACCAAGUACGUCCGCCAGCUCGUGUGAUAGAACGUCAUGGACAUCUGGCAGCACCUGUGUGGAGUGAAGGCAGCCUGGGUUGGUUCUGGUUCGCCGUCAAGAGGCCUCUGUAGAAGAUCCGACCCUGAAUUGGGACACUGUUUGCGUAACGUUUAAGAGCAGCUCCACACCCUGUUCCCGGCCACCACAGUUGGUUUUUGUAUAACAGCACACACUCCUGGAUCUUAAGUGUUUUAUUUCCUUUCUUAGCAUCUCUCUAGCGUCUUUUUUUUAAUUUUCAGUUACUGUACUUGAGGACCAUGUAACCCCUAUAGCCUUUCAACACACACGAUGCAACUGAAUAGAAACGCAGAUGUCCCUUCUUUUUUUUUUUUUUGCCAGCAUCACACAGUUAUCAUUACUUUUUAUACUCUCUAUGAGAGCUUGAGAGAUCACCGCUUGUGUUAACAUGUCUGCUUCGAUUUUGACUCUCCAAUGAAUGUUUAUUGAUUUCUUUGGGUGAAGGUAUCAUUUGAAAUGACUCCAUGAGUCAGACAUGUGUUCUCAUUGAUUUAUUAGGAUUUAUUUUUUUUUGUAUGUGCUUCACCCUCUCAUGGAGUUUAAAUGGUUCAUAACACGCCUUAGACCAAGUUGAGCUAGUGCAGGAGUUGCAUUGGCUGCUGUUUACUGCCGAUAUUCAAAGUGCUAACUUGAUUAUAUUAGCACUUUGUUGCUAACAAAAUAACUGACAUGUGCAGUAAUCCGUUUUUCAUCCCUUACACAUAUUUGUUGUUUAAAAAAGUGAGCAGCAAAGUUUGCAAAAAAUUUUUAGAAGUUGCUGUGCACGUGAGAAAGUGCAAUUUUUUUUAAAUUUUAUUUUAUUUUUUACGAAAGGCAUUAUUAGCACAUAUUUGCACUGUAAACAAAAGUCAUUUAUCAAGCUGGGAAACAUGCAAUCAUAGCAUCUGAAUAAGCACGCAGCAUGACAGUGUGGCUGCUGCUUUUGGAGAAAGAAGAAUCCACAAUAGUUUAUAUUCCAAAUGUUUAAGUUAAAAUGUUUUUUUUUUUUAGUGACUCCACCACUCCAUAGUGAUUGUUUUUGCAGAGGGCUUUAACUGUAACAUUUUGAAUGGUAACAUGCAGUAGACAUGAAUGAUCUCUAUGCAAUGUACGGAUGUUUUUAGAAGAAGGUACAUGUGCAAAUGGGAGAAAUCACGAAGAAACACGGUCUCAUGUUUGUUUUCUUUUUUUUUUUUACUAACCCCUGACGACAUGCAUGUAUCUGUCUGGACGAGGCUGGUGUGUCAUCAUCACUUCUAAGCCCUUUAACAAAAACAAGUUAAAUUCAUAAAGUCGUUAGACGAGAGCUGGAAGGCGUGCAAUGUCAGAUAAGAACAUGCUUUAAUAAUUUACUUUACAUCCUGCUUUCUUGCCUUUUUUUUUUUAUUUCAUCGUCAUGACGUCUAUUUUUCAGCGUCUCAGUGGGGUUUUUGGUUGCAAUGUGAAAUCACCAUCAACUCACUGUACUGUAAGUCUGGGACAGAAUGUACUCUUCACUGGGAUUGCUUGUGUAAAAAAAACCUCCAGAAGCAUUUCUCGAGCGAGUGUUCGAUAACGUUCAAUGAUGAAUCAGUUCCGUAUGCAAACUUGAAACUGCUGUCAUUCAGACCUGGAUCAGUGUUUUUGAUUGAAAUCCUUUCAAAAAAAAAUCGUUCCUCUUGAGAUUAAUUUAACAAGAGGCAGCUCCAGAAAUGCGAAAAAAGCCCAUCUGGUGUCUUUUAAAAGGCUUUCAUUUACUUCAGACUGAUCCAAGUGUGUUGUCAUCUCUGUUUACAGGUGUGCCUCUUUAUUUUAAAAUGGGCUUUUUUGUA